AUGCGUAUCAUCGUCAAGGGUGGUGUGUGGAAGAACACAGAGGUCAGCUCACGAGAACGCGGCUCUUGGAUCUGGCAGAAGCUGACCGGGUCAUCAUGUCCCCUCUCCAGGACGAGAUCCUCAAAGCCGCCAUCGCAAGUCACCACCCUUCCAUCUACUGCGACAUGUGUUCCAUCCCACUAACCUCUCACGUAUACCGCUCACCACAGAGUAAAUACGGCAAGAACCAAUGGGCACGUAUCAGUUCAUUGUUGGUCCGCAAGACCGCCAAACAGUGCAAGGUACGUCUGCUCCACCACUCCGUCCUGCUGCUGCUCUCUCUCUCUCUCUUCACACACACCCACACCAGACCGACACCAUACCCCCCUCUCUCCUCCAGGCACGAUGGAUGGAAUGGCUCGACCCAGCCAUCAAAAAGACCGAAUGGUCCAAAGAAGAAGACGAGAAACUGCUCCACCUCGCCAAGUUGAUGCCCACGCAAUGGCGCACGAUCGCUCCCAUCGUCGGCCGCACCGCGAACCAAUGCCUCGAACGCUACCAGAAACUCCUCGACGAGGCCGAACAGGCCGAUAAUGCCGAAUUGGGCUUGACCGGCGUCGACGAUGCGGGCCCUUCGGCGGAUGACGUGAGGCGCCUUCGACCGGGCGAGGUCGAUCCCGAUCCUGAGAACAGGCCCGCCCGUCCGGAUCCGAUCGACAUGGACGAGGAUGGCAAGUGCAGUUCAUAUCCCAUCGUGUGCCGAAAUGUGCCCCAACUAAACCCGCAACACGCGACCCACAGAAAAGGAAAUGCUGUCCGAAGCACGAGCCCGACUCGCCAACACCCAGGGCAAAAAGGCCAAGCGCAAGGCCCGAGAACGUCAACUCGAAGAAGCACGCCGGCUCGCGAUCCUCCAAAAGAAGCGAGAGCUCAAAGCUGCCGGGAUCCUCAUGCGCGCCAAACCCAAAAAGGGUGGUAUGGACUACAUGGCCGACAUCCCCUUCGAGAAACAACCCGCCGCUGGAUUCUACGACACCACGACCGAGCAGGGCAAAAAGUACGCCGCGCCGUUGGGCAAGAAUUUGCGUCAACUCGAAGGCAAGAAGCGCAAGCAGGACAUCGAGGAGGAGGACCGCAAGAAGAAGAAGCAAAAGGAAAAGAACGCAAAGGACAAGGACGCCGACGCCAUGGCCCAUUUCUUGCCCUCCAAGGACAGUCAGAUCCAGCAGCAAAAAGAGGCGCAACAGAUCAGCAAACGCCGACGAUUGGUGCUCCCCGGUCCUCAGGUCGGCGAGGCCGAGCUCGAGGAGAUCGUCAAGAUUGGUCAAGCCGGUGAAUCGGCUCGUGCGCUCGUCGGCGAAUCGGGCAACGAGGCCAGUCAGGGUCUCUUGGGCGAGUACUCAGCCCUGGGCCAUGCUCGAGAUGCGCGAACCCCACGGACGGAAAAAGCUCCCGAUAACGUCCUCGCCGAGGCACGCAACAUCCGCAACUUGACGAUGCAACAGACACCUUUGCUCGGUGAAGAGAACACGCCGAUGCACGAACUCGUCGGUCGAUCCGGCUUUGAGGGCGCGACCCCUCGAGGUGCCGUUGCGGCGACCCCCAACCCCAUCGCGACCCCAUUGAGGUCAGGUGCUUCCGAUGUUAGUGCGACACCCAUGUCGUCCGUCGGCGGCCGACCGGGAGCCACGCCCUUGCGCACCCCCAUGCGUGACAGCCUCUCGAUCAACGACGCCGAGUCCAUGGUCGGUGAUACCCCUCGAGCCGAACGACAACGUCUCCAUGAACUCAAGUCGCAACUCAAGCAAGGCUUCAUGAGCCUCCCUCAACCUCAGAACGAACUCGAACUCGUCUUGCCCGAGGACGACCCCGAUGGGGACGACGACGUCUCGAGGGCAAUGCGUAUCGAGGAUGCCUCUGAACGUGAAGCACGUCUCGAAGCGAUCCGAAAAGAACAAGAAGCCAAAGCGCUCGCUCGACGCUCACAAGCCGUCAAACGAGGAUUGCCCCGACCGAUCGAAUUCGAAGCCUCAACGUUCUUGGCCCAGUUGAGGUUGACCGAUCCGAUGAGCGUGCAAGAUGACCUCGAGCGGUCGAUCGCGAUCGAGAUGGCCCAAUUGAUUGAACACGAUUCGAUCCUUCACCCCGUCGCUGGAUCGUCUCGACCCGGAGGCGGAAGUUCGACUCUCCUUUCAAUUGACGAUGAUGAACUUGCCGCCGCUCGUCAAUUGGUUCAAUCCGAAUUGGCGUCUUCGGUCGGUCUUCCCGGAGCGAACGAGACCGUUCUCCGACGAGCCGUCGCUCUCCCUUCGCAAGAAUUCGAUUCUACAUGGCGACCACUGUACGACCAACUCGUCUACGACCCUUCGCAACAACGUAUGGUCCCUCGAUCUUCGGUGACGAACGACGACUUGAUUCAGGCUUAUAGUCAACAACUCGUGUUGAACCGUGAUCGAAUGGCACGGGAAUCGGCCAAAGCGGUCAAAGUCGAGAAGAAACUCGGCGUCACAUUGGGUGGAUACAUCGCUCGGUCCAAGACAUUGGCGACCAAGUUGAACGAAACGGUCGAAGACCUUUCAAGGACGAGGAUCGAAUCCCAUUCGUUUGAGCGAUUGGCUUCCAACGAGCAUGGUGCGAUCGUAAGGAGGAUGGAGGCGCUGAGGGAUGAGGUGAACGCUUUGCAGAAGAGGGAGAGGGAUGGACAGAGUCGGUUCCGGGACUUGAUGGAGGCCAAGCAAACGUUGACGAUGGCGAUCGAGGAGAUGGAGCUUGAAGAGGCGGAGAGGAUCAACGAGCAAGCUUUGGAGGCGAUGGAGGCGGAGGGAGAAGAGGCCUGA